AUGAAUGAUUUUCCCAGUUCGGCGGGCAUCUAUGAAGAGCCCCAUAACGUCGACGAUCGUGCAAGUAGCUGUGACAUAGAUGUGGUAAUCGGUGGCAUCGAAGGCAAGGGCAUCGUCACUCACGCUCCCAAGGAGGGAUUCCGAUUAGGAUACUUCGAUGUCUUCUGCUUGGUCGUUAAUCGCAUGAUAGGUACUGGAAUAUUCAUGUCCCCUAAGCGAGUGAUCGAAGGCACUGGAAGCGUCGGCGCAACGUUACUCUUCUGGCUUGCUGGGUUCAUCUACUGCCUUUGCGGCACUCAUGUUUAUAUCGAAUACGGCCUGAACGUCCCUCGUUACAAAAUAGAAGGUGUUGAACAGUCUGUUCCUCGAAGCGGUGGCGACCUGGUAUACCUACAAUACGUGUAUCGCAGGCCCGCUUACCGCAAAAACACCCUUCUUUUGUCAACAUGUAUCUUCGGUAUAACGUUCAUCAUUCUCGGGAAUAUGGCUGGUAACUGUAUUCAUUUUGCAAUGCGAGUCCUCGAAGCAGCAGGCCAAACAAGCCUGGAAGCAAGCCCGGACGCAAGCCUGGACGCAAGCCCGGACAAGAGACCAAACGAAGGCCCGAACGAAGCCUCGGUCCGCGGCAUCGCUAUUGCCGUAGCGAUUUUUGCAUGCUUCAUCCAUGCAACGAGCAGAAGAUUCGGAAUUCUGUUGAACAACUUUUUGGCCAUUAUAAAGAUCAUGAUUAUGCUUUUUAUCAUCGUCACUGCUAUUGUCGUUGGUGCGGGAGGGUUUCCCGAAACCACCCGCAACUAUAUUGGCGAGAACACCUCACCAAAAACCUCUUUUCAGGGCGGGUCUUCAGAAGCGAAUGGGUACGCUCAGGCGUUUCUUGCCAUCAUCUUCACCUUUUCCGGAUUCGAGCAGCCUAAUUAUGUCCUUGGAGAAAUCAGUCGGCCGAGGAAGAAGUUCCCUAUUGCGAUGGGAACUGGUGUCGGGACAGUUGUAGUCUUGUACUUGGCCGUCAACAUAUGCUAUAUGGUUGUCGUACCCAAAGAAGUCCAAAUGGACCAGAAUGUUGCCCUGGAAUUCUUCAAACGCACAUACGGAAGUACAGGACCUGGGCCUCGAAUCUUCAACGCAUUUCUCGCCAUCUCAUCCAUGGGCAAUAUCAUUGUCAUGACGUAUACGGCUGCCCGAGUAAAACAAGAAAUUGCCAAAGAGGGCAUCCUCCCCUGGCCCAAGUUCUUUGCACAAAACACAGACAUGAGCCUGGGACGGCUUGUCCGCUGGUUUCAAAAGAAAGGCUGGUUCAAGUCGCUCCUCCAACUGCGAUGGUUUUCUCCUGAACACCAUAGCGAGAAGACACCUGUUGGCGCUUUGGUCCUUCAUCUCGUCAGCUGCAUCAUUCUCAUCUUUGCGACCAUCGGAGUUAAAGCUGAAGUGGCAUACACCGUACUAACAUCCCUGAGUGCCUAUGUUGUCAACGCCUUCAUCGGAACCUUCCUUGGCCUGGGCAUACUGAUCCUGCGGUUCCGUGGCCCGCCUGUCACGACGGCUGACGAUGGAGCGUCGCAACACAGCAAUACUGCACCGCUGCCGUCAUGGGCCGACAUGACUGGGAAGCAUUUCAACCCAUAUCUGUCGGUUUUCUGUGCGGUUAUCUACACAUGCGGGGGCUUGUAUCCGAUCAUCACCAACUGGAUCCCCCCUUCACUUACCGUCGAUUUGACCGUCAAACCUUGGUGGCUCGUCCCGACUGUGUCAUGGAUCAUAAUCGCCCUUAGCAUCGCAUGGUUCGUCGGCUUUGUUCUGGUAGCUCGUUAUAUUGAAAAGAAAGACCACCGCGUCUUCGUCGUGGAAAAGAAACCAGAAUUCGAGGCCGCAGAUGGCAGCAGUCGGACCUCAGAGGCAGGAAAGCAAGGGGCUGACCUUAUCCAAGUCCAUGAGACGGUAUACCUGAGCUGGGUAGGCAGGGAAGCGCUUCGAUCAAGGCGACCGGUGUUUGAUGAACAGAGGGAGGCCGACGGUUGUAUGUCUGAGGUUACGGCGUCUCCUUAUGCCGGCACUGACUUUGCCGCAUUCAUGUCCAACCAAGGCGCCGCAACAGGAAGAGGAGACCCUAGAUACUGA